AUGCCAUGGUGUGCGUUUGCAACGCAACCUACUGCGACACGGUGGAUCCGGUCUCCCUCCCUGACGUCGGCUACUAUGUCAAGUACACAACCAGCAGGGACGGCCAACGCUUGGAGCGGAGCGAAGGGCAAACAGACGCCACCUCAGGAGCUUCAGGUGGAAUUUUCUACACCUACAAUCCUUUCGUUCAGUACCAAUACAUCAAAGGCUUUGGAGGGGCAUUCACCGACGCUGCGGCCAUCAACAUCCUGAAGUUGUCUUACGCAACCCAAAACCAACUCCUCCGCUCUUACUUCUCGGAAGAAGGAAGUGAGUACAAUUUGCUGCGUUGGCCCAUUGGUUGCUCCGACUUUUCCACGCGGCCGUACAGUUACGACGACCAUUGCGUGGAUGACUUCGAACUCAAGUGUUUCGAGCUGGCCCCCGAAGACACCAAAGUUAGGGUGAGUUCGGCUGGACUGAACGCACACCCACAAGGGGCUUCCAGGUUGGGUCGCAGGUGGUUUCUGCUUUGCAGCUGAAAGGAUGUUCUCCCUGUGUGCUAAUUUGAGCGGUGGGCUCCU